UGAGCUUGUCCUUUCGUUCGUCCUCAGUGAAGGAUAACGGCAGUUACAUCAUUGUAGGGAAUAAGUAAGUCAGUUUGUCUGUAAACGGCACUUUAGAAACGGUUCUGUGUCAUCAUACAUACGCGGAAGUGUACCUCAAAGAUUUGGACAAUCAAUGAUGGAGACCAUCAUCAGACGCUGCCCGUUCCUGUCUUGUGUCCCCCAAGCUUUUCUGCAGCAGGCUAGGAAGUCUCUGGUGGUGUAUGCACAGCAGUGCCCUGUGAUGAUGGACUUGGCAUCCAGGCCCUUUGCACGUGCCCUUUCCUCGUCUUCCACUAGCUGUCAGAAGACAGAGGACACCAGCUCAGCCAGCGACAGCCCCAAAGAGCAACCAAAGCUCCCGCCUGGUCACCCCAUGCCCCCGGCAGGUCAGGUUUCGGCUUCGAAGUGCCCCUUCCUGGCUGCAGAGAUGGGGCAGAAGAACAGCAGUGUGGUGCGACAGGCCAGGAUCGAGUUGCAGGAGGACGUCCAGGAGAUGGACGCAGUCCGCAAAGAGCGCCCAGUGAGCCCUGCAGUGGUCAGCAUGACCAGCGCUGAUGGGGAGGACCGGAGCAACCUCCUGAAGAACCUCUUGAAGCAGCGCCCAGCCAGGGUGUCCCACCUGCUACAGGAGAACAUGCCCAAAUCGAUUUCCAACUUCCACUACGACAAGUUCUUUGAAAAGAAGAUUGAAGCCAAAAAGAACGACCACACGUAUCGCGUGUUUAAAACUGUGAACAGGAAAGCAACGGCCUUCCCCAUGGCGGAUGACUACACCGAAACGCUGACCUCCAAGCGGGAUGUGUCUGUGUGGUGCAGUAACGACUACCUGGGCAUGAGCCGGCACCCUCGGGUCAUCCGCACCAUAAUGGAUACUUUACGAAAGCACGGGUCUGGAGCUGGCGGCACGCGGAACAUCUCGGGGACAAGCAAGUUUCACGUGGACCUGGAGUACGAGCUGGCAGACCUGCACGGCAAAGACGCGGCUCUGCUCUUCACCUCCUGUUUCGUGGCCAAUGACUCCACCCUCUUUACUCUUGCCAAGAUGCUACCAGGCUGUGAGAUCUACUCAGAUGCUGGGAACCAUGCCUCAAUGAUUCAGGGGAUCAGGAAUAGCGGAGCAACAAAGUUCAUCUUCCGCCACAAUGAUGUCAAUCACCUGCGCGAGCUGUUACAGAAGUCUAAGCCUUCCACUCCAAAGAUUGUAGCCUUUGAGACUGUGCACUCCAUGGAUGGUGCUGUGUGUCCGCUUGAGGAGAUGUGCGAUGUUGCUCAUGAGUUUGGCGCCAUCACGUUUGUGGAUGAGGUUCAUGCGGUUGGCCUUUACGGAGCAAGGGGUGGUGGUAUUGGAGACCGAGAUGGCGUCAUGCACAAGAUGGACAUCAUCUCUGGAACACUUGGCAAAGCAUUCGGCUGCGUCGGGGGGUACAUCGCCAGCACCGACGCCCUGGUGGACACCGUGCGCUCCUACGCGGCCGGAUUCAUCUUCACCACCUCACUGCCCCCCAUGCUGUUGGCCGGCGCCAGGGUGUCUGUGCAGGUCUUGAAGAGCGAGGAGGGCCGCGUCCUCAGGCGCAAGCACCAGCGCAACGUCAAGCUGCUCCGGCAGAUGCUGAUGGACUCCGGCCUGCCCGUCGUCCACUGUCCCAGCCACAUCAUUCCAGUCAGGGUUGCAGACGCUGCGAAGAACACAGAGGUUUGCGACAUAAUGAUGAACCAGUAUAACAUCUACGUCCAGGCCAUCAACUACCCGACAGUCGCCCGGGGGGAGGAGCUGCUGCGCAUCGCCCCCACGCCCCACCACACCCCGCAGAUGAUGAGCUAUUUUGUUGAGAAGCUGGUGGAGGCCUGGAAGGAGGUGGGUCUGGAGCUGAAGCCGCACUCGUCUGCAGAGUGUAAUUUCUGCCGUCAGCCGCUGCACUUUGAGCUGAUGAGCGAAAGAGAAAAGUCUUACUUCAGUGGGCUGAGCCAUCCCUUCUCAGCCUGUGCCUGACAUCCCACCCCCCUGUGUCGUCCUACAAACUGACUGUCUUUUUCAAGCGUUGUAACUUAUUUAAUUUAAAAUACCAUAUAUAACAGAUACUGUACUACAAAUAAAUGUCUGAGGAAAAAAAAUUAA